AUGGCCUGUUGUGCUGUCGGAGCCUACAUCGUCUUCCGUUUUCUCAACAUACACGAGAAAUUAUGUACUCUUUAUCCUCGUCAAAAUCAUGUCGAGCAUAGCCCCACCCAUCGACCAAAAUUCAUCAAAGGUGCCCAGGUCAGCAUCUUGAGUCUAGAUGGCCUUACAUGCGGAUCGUGCGUAUCUGGGGUCCAAGAUAUAAUCGGGUCUAUCCCUGGAGUCUUGAAGGCCACUGUUUCACUCGGACUACUUCGAGCUCAAGUAGAAUUCAACAAUGAUGUUGUGACAGAGGAGAAGAUCAUUGAGGCCAUCCGCUCUGCUGGCUAUGAUGCCAAUUCACUGCCUUCAUCUGAAUCUCAGAGCUGGGCUAGUCUGUUAUCUAUCAUUCAAAAGCCCAUAAACUCCCAGCAACAUCAUGUUAAUUCAUGUCAACGGGACUUUCUUGUGGCGACAGCGGCUUCGGUCCUUUUCUUUGCGUCACGCAUCAUCAAAGCCCUGUGGGCGACGCAAAACAAUUACAUAUAUUUAGUUGCGUAUUUUUCUGUUGUAAUGAGUCUAGUGUCUGGAUUGCAGCUCCAUUUUGAGGCUACACGCUCUGCAUGGCACGGACGAAGACCAGAUAUGGCGACCCUUGCAUCACUGGGUAUUAUGCUGGCUCUUAUACAAGCUGUGACUGAUACUGUACAGACUGAUAUGAAUGGAUUUCAUUGCAUGGAUCCAAAGUCCCUGGAGGCCAUUCCAAUUCUGUCUACGAGUAUCCUUGGUGGCCGCUUACUCAAGGCCAUCCUCUCCCAGCGAAACCAGGUCUUCGCAUCUCCGCUCUCAAAUCUUGUGCCUACCAUGGCUAGGCUAUAUAGCACAGCUGCCGAAUAUUCUAAUAUUCCUGUCGACUUAUUGUCUUCUGGCGAUCGCGUUAUUGUGAGCCAGGGAGAGCACAUACCUUGCGAUGGAAUAGUCGAGAGCACGGAAUCAGCUCUAGUCAUAGAGACUUGGAUCAACGGCUCCUCGGAGCCUAGACUAGUCGAAAACGGCGAUGCUGUGUAUGCGGGUGGUCAGGUACAACAAGGAUCGCUCGUCUGCAAUGCAGCAGCUUGUGGGCGUUCGACUCGCCUAGGUCAAUUACUCACGUCCGUCGUGACGGCGGAAUUGACCAACUCAGAACCCCAGCUUCAUCGUGCUACUUCAUGGUUCUCAAGUGCAGUUAUGUUGUUUGCAGCAGGCAUACUCACAUUCUCUCCUACGUUCACCAGGGGCAGCAGCUGGCCAGAUGGGCUAGGCCGAGCAUCAGCGUUGCUACUAGCCGCUUGCCCGUGUUCACUGAGUUUGAGCAUUCCAACUUGUAAACUACUGGCCACAGUUUGGUUAGUGCGAGCAUCAAAGUUUGGAGUUCAGUUGGUGACUAGCUAUGUAAGGCUACGGAAUGCCGCGUCAGCUAAAACUAUUUUCUUUGACAAGACUGGUACUCUCACGCAUGGAGAUCUGAAAGUGACACAUACGAACUUCUCUAAAGAGUGGUAUUCAUCGCCAAAGCAAGACAUGCUGUGGAGGGCUGUACAAGAGGUCGAAACUGGGAACACCCACCCAGUUGCCCGAGCGCUAUUACAAGAGAGUCAUUUAAGGCUAGGAGAGAAGUAUGAAUGUUUAGCUAACUUGAUGGUGUCUGGAGUCAACCACGAACUUGGUCGUGGCGUCCAAGGGGUCCUGACAGUUAAUCAGCCCAUAUCUAAGUCUGAUGGACUGUCCACCAUUUGGAAGUUGGCCAUGGGAAGCCGUACAUAUAUCGAGAGCCUAGGAAUUUCCAUCGAUCUCAGUCAAAUUCCCGUCAAGAUGAGAACUGGAAUUACAACGGCUGUUGUGCUGGCUGUUGAUGGCAAGCAGGCUGCGGUAUUUGUACUCCAAGAUGCAGUCCGAUCUGAAGCUCACCAAGUCGUCCGACAACUCAAGGACCUGGGCUUGACUGUUGGGAUGAUCACCGGCGAUAACGCAAAUUCGGCUGCCUCCGUUGCUGGCGAAGUAGGCAUUGAUUCAGACAUGGUAUUCGCCAAUGCCCUUCCAGAAGACAAGUCUUGCAUUCUAGCCCGCUUUCUUCAACGCGGACCGGCUAUCUAUGUGGGUGACAAUUACAACGACAUUUUGUGCUUUGCAUCUGCGUCGUUUAGUAUAUGUGUCGCAGGCUCGGAUAUGAAGUCUGAUGAUGCUGACUGUGCGGAUGCGACGUUGAUGUUGUCGGAGACUUCUCCGCUGAGUCGUAUUCCGUUGAUGGUACUCUUGGCACGGCGCAUGAGACGCAUUGUGAUGCAGAACAAUUGCUGGGCUGUUAUUUACAAUAUCCUAUCUUUAACCCGCGUACUUGGUGUUGGUGGGAUAACGCCGCCUUCUCCGGUUUGGUCUAGUAUAGGAAUGGGACUUAGUAGUGUUGUUGUGCUAUGGAACAGCUCAAGGGUGGAUGAGGGAUAA